GUUUUGUUCUUUCUGUCUCUGUACUUUUCUUCUUUGAUUUAACGUUGAAGAAUAAAAUAACGUUGGAGAGAUGAUGGUGCUAGGAGCUGGAGUGCAACAGCUCCUUUUGGGAUAAUUAGAAAGAAACUAGAUGCAGUCGAGCGGGAUGGAGAGGCUGAUAAAAGCGCAGCAGACUCAUCACAUCAAGAACUCGGAGAAGAAGGUUCUCAUCAAGAAAGUUAGAGGUUUAUAAGAGAUGAGCUGCUGCUAUAACCAUUCAUUCCAUUACAUUCUCUAUAUAUGUGUUUAUUCAGAGUUCAUUACAGACAUGGAAAGAGCUGACUUUGCCACAAUGUCAGCUUCCGAAUUGAAACUACGAGAGAUAAAGUGAAAGGAAAUAACAUCGAAAAGAGAUACAAAGUGAUGAUACCGAACCGUUCAGGUUGAUUCCCACCCUUCUUCAACAGGUUGAUAAGGGAUAAGGAGUCAGAGAUAACCGCCAGGGAUCAAACGUUUGAGUACACGGCCCUAGAAACCGCUCCAUGGACAGCAAUGGCUUCCACAAGUCAGGUUUAAAUAUCAGUAUGUAUAUCUACAAAAAAGGUAAAAUGAGUAAAACGUGAAAACCCCUAGGUAUUUUUUGCGGAAUUUGAAUAUGAUUAGAGAAAGUCGGUUCCUUGACCAUGACCUUGUAUCGCACGUCAUGUCCACAAUGGUUAUCUUUGACUUUCUAUAAAGAUGGGAAGGGACGGAUAUUGAUUGAUUUUAAAUUUGCGGUGUGUCGGUGACUAAAUAAGUCAUAACAUUGCUUUUAAAAAUGUAAGACAGCGAUAUUCCAUUAAGCGACAAAUAAUGCAGGACCAGUAUCUAGACAUGUUCGAGGGUCGAUUAUGUAUUUUAUUAAAACAACUGUUGGUGUAUAUACAUAUUCAUUUCCUCUUUAAUUGCUUUCAGACACAACAAAGAAAGGUUUCAGACAAGAAAGAUGAAGUUCGGAAAAGAAUUGUCGUCACAAAUGGUACCGGAGUGGCAACAAGCUUACAUGAGCUACGAUUAUCUCAAAAAACUUCUCAAAGAAAUCAUCAAACUGAAACUCAGAACCAACCCUCCUCCCCAUCCUCCUCCACAUCAAGCCGUAUCCGGUAAAAGACUUAGCCGCAAGAUGACUCUAUACCGAGCUUUUAGCGGCCUUGUCCAAACGCAAGGAAGGAAAAGACAAAGUUCCGGGCAAAUCAACCCUUCUCUAGAAACUGACAUUGAAGAAGGUAAUGCACCGAUACUCGUCAACAAAACGAGUAAUGGAUUAGAAACUAUGUUCUUGAUGACGGCAGAGGAAGGAGGAGAAUAUGAAUUGAUCUUUUUCAGGCGACUCGAUGAUGAGUUUAAUAGGGUUGAGAAGUUCUAUAAAGAGAAAGUAGAAGAAGUAAUGAAUGAUGCGAUUAUGCUUGAUAAGCAAAUGGAUGCUCUAAUUGCAUUCCGAAUUAAGGUUGAGAAUCCUGUUGGGUGGGGAUGGGAGGAGCGGACGGUGGAGAUGACUCGCUUGGCCUCCGAUGUUGCUACUUCCACGGCCGCGAUUGCUGCUUCUACACCCUCUAAAACUCGCUCUCGCGUUAUUGGAGCUAAAGCUCGCAUGGAGCCGAUACAUGAAGGAGGCUCCAGCAGAGCUGAUCAAUCCGAAGAUCACGGUGACGAGAGAAGGAGCAGCUUGAGCAAAGUGGCAGCGGGGAGGCCAGCCCCUAUCGAGGUUCUAGACCACAUAAAGAUCAACAACACUAAGGAAACGCCUAGGUCCACCAUUAAAAGCGUUAUCCAUUCCUCGAACCAUGAGGAGAUCAAAUUCACUAGGCGUAAUCUGAAGGAAGUGGAAGAGAAGCUCAAAGUCGCUUUCGUCCAGUUUUACCAAAAGCUUCGUCUCCUCAAGAGCUACAGCUUUCUGAAUGUGUUGGCGUUCUCCAAGAUUUUGAAGAAGUAUGAUAAGAUAACUUCGAGAAACGCUUCGAAGCCUUACAUGAAAAUGGUUGACAAUUCGUAUCUCGGAAGCUCAGAUGACCUAAUGAAACUGAUACAGCGUGUUGAAGCUACAUUCAUAAAGCAUUUCGCAAAUGGUAACAGACGAAAAGGAAUGAAAUUUUUGAGACCUCUAAUGAAAAGAGAGAGACAUCGACUCACAUUCUUCACUGGUUUCUCUGCUGGAUGCAUGUUUUCUCUUAUAGUGGCUCUUGUAGCUAUCAUACGCGCCAGGAAUAUUUUUCAAGAGGAAGGCUACAAAGAUUACAUGAAUAGUGUGUUCCCUCUUUAUAGCUUGUUUGGGUUCAUUGUGCUUCACAUGACUAUGUAUGCUAUUGAUAUAUACUAUUGGAAGCGUUAUCGAGUAAAUUAUGCAUUCAUAUUUGGGUUCAAGCAAGGAACUGAACUUGAUUACAGACAAGUUCUGUUUGUGGGGUUUAGCAUUGGAGCUUUCGCGUUGCUUUGUGUUCUUGGUAAUCUUGACAUGCAAGCAGACCCUAGAACCAAAAGUUACCAAGCACUAACCGAACUUCUUCCUCUUUUCCUUCUUGGUGCUUUGCUUUUAGUUUUAGUCUUGCCGUUCAACAUUCUCUACCGUUCAAGUCGCUUCUUCUUCCUCACGUGUUUGUUUCACUUCCUUGCUGCUCCUCUUUACAAGGUAACGUUGCCUGAUUUCUUCUUAGGAGAUCAAUUAACUAGCCAAGUACAAGCUCUUCGAAGCAUCCAGUUCUACAUAUGCCACUAUGGAUGGGGAGACUUCAAACAAAGACAAAACACUUGUGGACGCUCAGAAGUCUACAACAUUUUCAUAUACGUUGUUGCUGUAAUACCGUAUCUAUCGCGCCUCCUUCAGUGUAUACGCCGAAUGUUUGAGGAAAGAAGUCUAGAGCAAGGAUACAACGGAGUCAAAUACUUUUUAACAAUAUUAGCGGUUUGUUUAAGAACAGCUUAUGGUUUUGACAAGAACAAGAAUCAUAAGUUUAUUCUCAAAGUAUUAGCUGGUUCUGCCUCAGUCCUUGCUGCUGUUUUCUGUACAUACUGGGACUUUGUCUAUGACUGGGGACUUCUGAAUAGAACAUCCAAAAACAGAUGGCUUAGAGAUAAACUUCUCGUCCCACACAAGAGAGUAUAUUUCAUUGCAAUGAUCUUGAACGUUGUGUUGAGAUUUGCAUGGUUGCAAACGGUAUUGGAUUUUGAAAUUAAGUUUCUUCACACUCAAACGGUGCUUGUGGUUGUGGCCUGUCUUGAGAUUAUUCGCCGUGGGAUAUGGAAUUUCUUCAGGCUAGAGAAUGAGCAUUUGAAUAAUGUGGGGAAGUACCGAGCUUUCAAGUCAGUUCCAUUACCAUUCAGCUACGAUGAAGAUGAUGACAAGGACGACUAACAUGUUUGCAGAAAAACGUCAACUGACAUUUACUUUAUACAUGUUGAACAUACAAAAUUAAGUUUUUCUAACAAAAAUUAUUAAUGUUUAUACAAAUCUGAAAGAAGUGUCGAAACACUUGUAAUAGCAAUGCAGUGGUAUGGUUAGCAUCAUGAUUAUCCCAAAGACCCAUUAAUUUAGGGUUUCUUAUUUUUUUUUAAAUAGUAAAAGUGACUUAAGAGACAACAUUAAGAAAUCCGAACAUUUAUGUGCUCUAAUGCAAGUCUCUUAAUUAAGAGUUUUUAGAAAAAAAUAUUAAACAUUUUUUUAUUAAGCUUAAAUUUUUUUGAUUAAAUAAAACAUAUUAAAAGAUAAUAUUAUAAACAUAGAUUUUUAAAUAAAAACAUAAAACAAAGUCAUAAUAUAACUAGGAUCAUUUGUUCCCAUACUUGAACCAAGAAAGGUGAUGCAAAGAACUCCACAGUGCAAUUAUAAUCCUAUCAACUGCACACAGUUAUAAUCCUAUCAACAAGUAAUGAAACAUAUUGUUGAUUGCUGAAAGAAACUUACUUU